AUGCAAGUAUCUUCCCCUUCUUGUUGUUCCGCCUACUCUUCUAAGCUCGGAAACCCUAGUCCUCACUUUAAUUCUCUUCCCUCUAGGCUCAAUUUCACCUACUUCAAAUCUAUCAAAUGCAUUCAUACCAAUUCAAAAUCCUCCUCUUCAUAUCCCUUGAAACCGAUUAAUCCAAGUGGCGAGUCCUCAGAUCGUUCUGUAUCGAAGCUGCAGCAGCUCGUCUCAGAAUUUGAUUCUCUAACAGAGAGCAUCGACCGUGUGAAACGCCUUCUUUGUUAUGGAACGCUUCUUCCUCCAUUCGACGAGUCGUUGAGGUCAGACUCGAAUCGGGUGAUGGGAUGUGUUUCUAGGGUUUGGUUGGACGUUAAGAUGGAUAGUGAAGGGAAAAUGAGAAUUAGGGCUGAUAGCGAUUCAGAGAUUACGAGAGGAUUCUGUUCAUGCUUGAUUUGGAUUCUGGAUGGGGGUUCUCCAGAUGAAGUGAUGGGAUUGAAGGCCGAGGAUUUGACGCAUUUGAAUGUUGUUGGAUUACAUGGGAAAAGUAAAUCUAGGGCAAAUACUUGGCACAAUGUUUUGAUCAAUAUGCAGAAAAGAACUAAAUCUCUGGUUGCAGAAAGAACAGGAACACAACUGAGCGAUCCAUUCCCAUCUCUAGUUAUAACUGCACAAGGGAUACAAGCAAAAGGAAGCUAUGCUGAAAAUCAGGCAAAGUUCUUGUUGCCUGAUGAAUCAAAAGUGGAUGAAGUUGUUAAUGCAUUGCGUGAGAAGAAAAUAGGCAUUGUUGCGCAUUUCUACAUGGAUCCUGAGGUGCAAGGUGUCUUAACUGCUGCAAAGGAACAAUGGCCUCACAUUCAUAUAUCUGACUCAUUAGCUAUGGCAGACACAGCAGUCAACAUGGCAAAAGCUGGCUGUAAGUAUAUCACUGUUUUAGGAGUUGAUUUCAUGUCAGAGAAUGUUCGUGCAAUUCUUGAUCAGGCAGGCUAUACAGAGGUGGGUGUUUACCGAAUGUCAAAUGAGCGCAUCGGUUGCUCUUUGGCAGAUGCUGCAUCUAGCCCUGCAUAUAUGAAAUAUCUUGAAGAAGCUUCGUUAUUUUCUCCUUCUCUGCAUGUUGUCUAUAUUAAUACUUCCCUUGAAACGAAAGCCAACUCUCAUGAACUUGUGCCCACAAUAACUUGUACAUCAUCCAAUGUUGUGCAAACAAUUUUACAGGCAUUUGCUCAGGUACCAAACUUAAAAGUAUGGUAUGGACCUGAUACCUACAUGGGUGCAAACAUAAUGGAGCUUUUCCAGCAGAUGUCUGUAAUGAGUGAUGAGGAAAUUGCAGAGGUCCAUCCAGAGCAUAAUAGAACCACAAUUAACUCGGUCAUGUCUCGCCUGAAUUACUUUCAGGAAGGAAUGUGCAUUGUACAUCACCUGUUUGGGCACGAUGUUGUGGAAAAGAUUCGCGAAAUGUAUUCAGAUUCAUUUCUAACAGCUCACUUUGAGGUCCCGGGUGAAAUGUUUGGUCUAGCAAUGGAAGCAAAGAAUAGGGGAAUGGGAGUUGUGGGUUCUACUAAGAAUAUUCUAGAUUUCAUCACGCAGAAGGUGAAGGAGGCGAUGGAAAGAAAUAUUGAUGAACAUUUGCAGUUUGUGUUGGGAACAGAAUCUGGAAUGGUGACUUCAAUUGUAGCUGAUGUUGGUAGAAUAUUAUCAUCGGAAAAGUCGAAAGUCAGUGUGGAGAUUGUGUUUCCAGUCUCGUCUGAAUCAGUGACAACAGUUGAAGCGGAAGAGUUUAUGAAAGUUGGGAUUAUUCCAGGAGUUUCAAGCGGGGAGGGUUGUUCAAUUCAUGGCGGUUGUGCUACAUGUCCUUACAUGAAGAUGAAUUCUCUCAACUCCCUCCUCAAAGUUUGCCACCACCUUCCUGAUGAUAUAAAGGACAAAAAUAGGAUUAUUUCAGCCUAUGAAGCUGCUCGAUUCAACUCUGAAACGACACAAGGAAAAUCGGUUGCUGACAUGGGCUGCGAGCCAAUCCUGCACAUGAGACAUUUUCAGGCAACAAAAAGAUUGCCCGAGAAACUUGUCGAUCAAAUUCUUCAUUAA